AAAGGCUAUUGAAGUUUUAGAGAUGAACUCUCUGGUCGUCGGUGGUGGCGGAGCCGCCGUUCUUUGGCGGCUCCGGUUGGGCACGGCGGCGGGGUGGAGGUCUCGUGUGGUGGCUCGGCGUUGUUCGUCUUCUCUCUCGUCCCCUGACUUGGCUCGCCUGGCUGAUGCCGCUCGCAUCUCGCUGGCUCCUCAUGAGGCUCAAGAGUUUUCACCCAAGAUUCAGCAAGUGGUUGAUUGGUUUGGGCAACUUCAGGCUGUAAAUCUUGAGAGUGUAGAACCUGCACUUCGAGCUGAUACUGAAAUUACGACGAGCCAGAGAGAAGAUGCUGCAGAAGUGUUUGAUAAUAGGGAAGCAAUUUUAGCUGCGGUGCCCAGCUAUAAUCAGCAAUAUAUCAAGGUACCAAAGGUCCUCAACAAGGAAUGAGGUUGUUAAUCUGUUGAUAUGCUGUUCUGGAUAACAGUAAAAUAUUGCCAAAUUAUGUAUGUUUUUGUUUAUCAUUCUACAACCUCAUAAGGAUGCUCGAAGACGAUCUUGUAUUUCUUGGUGAGUGAGGGCAAGAGGUUGCUUGUUCUGGCUUUGAAGAUGUUUUAACUUCAUAGAAGGAAAUAAGCCAAGUAGAUGCAAGUUUAUCAUUUUCCAUUUUAA